GAAGAGCUCAGACACAAGCUGUGCCUCUGCCUGUUGCUCAUCUGGUCUUUCGUAUAUAUACACAUGCAUUUGCUACAUCUGAAUACCAGUUACUGAGUCCACAGGCAAUCUACAGCCAUGGCAGGAAAAGCCCACAGGUUGAGCACUGAUGAGAGGGAGCAACUGCUGCCAAACCUAAAAGCUGUAGGGUGGAAUGAGGUGGAAGGGAGAGAUGCCAUCUUCAAAGAGUUCCAUUUCAAGGACUUCAGUCGGGCCUUUGGGUUCAUGACCAGAGUCGCUCUGCAGGCAGAAAAACUGGACCACCACCCUGAAUGGUUCAACGUUUACAGCAAGGUAAAAGAGGUUCACAUUAUCCUGAGCACACAUGAGUGUGCAGGCUUAUCAGAGCGGGAUAUCAAUUUGGCCAGUUUCAUAGAGCAAGUUGCAGCUUCUCUGUCUUGAACAAGGCUGGGAGUACAUAAGCCUGAAUUGGCUGAACCGCCACCGUCUCCUCUCUCAUUCUUAACACUGUAGUUAGAACCACUUGCCGGUUCCAUGCAGUUCCUGAUCCAGGCAGAAGACAAUGCCGUGCUCAGCUCCUCUUCCACCACAGCUCAAAGUUUCAGAGGGAAUAAGCUGUCCUAGUGUAAAAAUACUUCCUACUUUUCAGUCACCAGGAGCAAAGUUGCCUUUUUUUUUUGAUCUAGUGACCACCAGUGUAAAAUUGCUUGACCCCUGGCACUUUUGGCAUAUCUGGUCUUUAGCAGAAGAGAGUAAUAUUAUACAACUGUCAGUGCAAGCAGUUUGAGUUUACUGUUACCUAGACAGUUGUGUGCUUGCUUCUUACUUUACAAUUAUACUGUUGUUCUUUUUUUUCCUACAGUGAAGCCUAUGUCCCCCGGUCUCGUCUGUUAGCAGACCAGUAUCUGUAAUGUGCAGUUUGGUUACAUGUGUAAGCUUUGUUCAAAUAGUAUAAUAUCAGGUAUGUAGGGUUACCUGUGUUGCAACCGGCCAUAAUACAGAGCUGGGAGCCAGGAAUGUCAGCUGAAAAUAUCUAAGUGUUUACAAUAAAGUUCUCAUAACAUA